AGGAAGAAGACAAACUGUCGCCGUACCUGAUGGCGCCAUCGCGUCGAACAUCAACCGUUAGCAAGGAACGUCACCAUCAUCUCCGGGCGCUCUGAGCUCAGUGACCCUCGUCGGGAGUCCAAAGAAGGCAAGUCCUGAGGGCGGAACGAAAACGGAACGCAAGUCACCGCCCAAAGAUAACGACGCGGCUGCGGCCAUCAUGAAAGAUGAGAGCAUAGAGAUGGUGGACCAGAGCGACGAGGACAUCAAGUACAAAGAGGAGGAACAGGAGAAAAACAAAUACAAGAUCGAUGAUAAGUUUAAAAUAUCCCAGAGGUUUUCGGAGGUUUGCAAUCGCGUGCGCACGAUGUCGGAAAGUCCCCGUCGUCUGCAGCCAUCGUCGUCAGCGGCGUCGGAGGCGCGGCGCCGCUCGGAGUCCGCGCGCGACUCGGCAGCCUCCGCCGCGGCCGAGGAACAACGCCGGGCCUCCGACUCCGGCACCAGGUUCACGCCGCACAGGUCUGUCAGCGAACGUCGCUACACGAACUCGUCGAUCAACAGCGAGCGGCGGCGGUACUGGGGCGGGUCGGAGCCGCGCUCCUCCGUCACCUCGCAGGUCUCACAGGUAGCGCAGAGCUAUCGUCGUGAAACUAGUCAGCCCAAGGCAGGCGUCGUCAUCACUUCGUUCAGGCAGUCGCACAGGAGGUAAGAGAACUUGCAAAUAACCCUUAUUCCCCUAUAAUGAUAUUAUGACUCGACAUGACAUUGACGAUCACUCUGGCAUGAAGUCAUCUCUUUUAAUCUAAAACUGUUCUUCAUUAACAUUUUACGAAGCUUUGCACGUCUCGGUUACUUCUUCUCGUUCUAACCAUUAGUGUCAUAUAAAACGAUCUUUAUUAAUUGGUGUUCAUUUAACAGCUUUGGAAAAGACCUGUUGUGGUGAGUGAUUGGCGAAGGUAAAAGUAGAGACCUAGUAGAGAAGCUGUAGAAGAGUAUUUAAAAAUAGUUUCACCUAGAGUUCUGUUUUCUCCUUACGAAGUCCGUAUCCUUUGAGAUGUAGAUGCCCGACCACACGACACCACAGCAAAGGCAACACUCAAUUCAAAAUUGCAUAUACGUGACUGCAGCACUAUUUUUAUCCCCCUGGUCACUGGUGCAUCACUAUUAUCAUCCUUUACUGUCAUUUCGUGAAUGCUGUCAUCAUAUGAACAUGAUUUGAUAUUUAAAAGGUUUGGAUUGACGAGAUUUUGUAUAUUGUCUAUCUCGAAUUGC